CGAGAUCGUCGUUCUUUCUGUUGGUUUCUUCCUCGGGUGUUUGGAUUUUUGAAGUGUCUUGGGAAUGGCAAAACGGUAGCACCACCAACAGCGUCAAGGGGAUGGCUCAGUAACAUGUCAUCAAUGUCAUCUAGGAUUUAUUUCUUCCUCAUCAUCCUUCAGAUUCCUCUUUUCAGGUCAAACUCCUUUUUGUUUUUCUUUUUUUCGUCUAAGUUCUAACGCUACCCAGAUUCAUAAGCUCAUAUCCUAAGUUGUUUCUCAAUCUGGGUAUCUCUUAGAUUUUACUUUUUUCAUGUUUUAGCAUCUGGGCUUUUGGCUAUUUCGACGUUUUAGGUUGAUUUGUUGCUCUAUUGUUCUCUCUUGGAUGUACCAUUUUAGGGGUUUCUGUUUUUAGUUUCACUCUUUGCUUUUAAGUUGCUUCUUUUAUUUUAGCAACUAGUUAUAGAAUUUAUUUCAUAAAAAUGAUUGGCCUAUUUGGAUGUUCUCUGUUGAGAUUUGUUUUUCAAUUUGGAUUAGAUAAAAGAAACAGUGAAUGAGCAUCGCGAAGAAGCUAUGAAAAGUCAGAACUAAUGUUGCUUUUCAGUGGAUUUUGUACUAAUGUUGUUUUAUGAUAACUGGUUUUGAGGUUGACUUUUGGGAAUAUAUCAUUUAAAAUAAUUGGCCAACUGAUGAGGGCUUUCAAGGUUGUUCAAAAGGUUCUCCAAGGUUCAAAAUACUGUGGAAUGGAGCGCAAUGGUGCUUUGCAUUUGAAUCCAGUAUUAUAUCACUGCAGAGGUGAAUCCCACGAAGAGUUGUCGCCUUAUGAAUGGUAUGAAAGGGCUUUUCUAAAGUUAUCAAGAUUGGUCCACUUCUUAAAAGAUGUGGAUUCAGUUGAUGGAUGGCUUGUGAAUGUGAAAGAUAAUUCAGUCAUCAUCAGUGAUUGCAUUGAAUAUAAUGAAUACUUUCAAGUUACUUGCAAGGAUCUUUAUUGGGUCUCCGUCGGUUUAGCUAAUGCUAAACAAGUCUCCAAAUUUGACUGUUUUUAUAAACCUAGUGAAAGAGAGCCCAUGACUGUGAAUUCGUUAACCAAAGUGAGUAAAGUUUUUGAAUGUUGCUACUCAACAGAGGUAUUCAGUGCAUUUAAAAAUAUGUCCACGGGUUACAUAACACAGGAUAUGGACAAGUGCCCUUAAGGAAAUAUUGAAUGAAUUAAAAUCAGAGAUAGAUUUGUUGAAUCACCAAUUCCCAAGGAGCCAAGAUGGGCCAGCAGAUAGUUUCUAGCUACCUUAAGUUCUUGGCUGAAUCAGCUGUUUCUUAUGAACCUGAUUCUGCUUCAUGGAUGCGGCUUUCACCUGCAAAGAUUAUUGACUCUCCUUCCCACAAAUGGGAUGAUGUUGUGAAGAUGUUUGCUGAUCUCAUUAAUUGUUUGAAGAGUGAGAAGGGUUGGCUUUAUCAUGUGAUAAAGAUUGAGGUAAUGAAAGCAGGUUUGUCUCAAAUCAAUAAUGUGUUAGUCAAUAAUAGUAUUGGGUAUAAGGAUGCUAAGGACCAAGAAAACCUGGUACAAAAGAAGCUCUCUAAGACAUUUGGACACUCAUCACAGUGCUUGUUCACACUUUUACUGUACUACCUCUAUGGACAAGUUAGAGAUAUUGAAGUGGAUUUGUGCAGAUCAAUUUAUGGGAAUGAUUCUGAGAAUAGGUUUACAUUGUGCAUGGGAAAAAUUCUGUCUUUAAAUGAGGAGAAAAUGGUUUGCAGUGGGUUUAAGCAAUUGGACAGGGCUCUGGGGUUAUUCAAGUUUAUAUGGGAAACAGCAGGCAUGAAAGGGAUUUUGGAGUUGCAAGACCACGCAUGGUGUGUAGGGCCUGAGGAGAGGUUGGUUGUCAAGGAAAUGCCUUCUUUAUACUCGGGAUCAGUCUUGGACCAAAGAGCAUCUCAUCAAAACCUCUAUGAUAUUGCUUUAAGUUUGUGUAAAACUGUAACAAGCUCUGGAUUAUAACUGCACCUUCCUGAGAGUUAAAUAUUAUUGUCCAGUUCGGAAGAUAUGAGGUUGAUUAAUGAGCUUCUUUUAGUGUUUUGACCUACUGAAGUUUUAAAUAGAAUGACGGUCAAAUUAACCUGCAGUUUUUCCAAGAGAAAAGAAACACACUGUAGAUCAUCAGAACCGAAAAGAUGCCUGUCUAGUCAUUCUUGAAAGUGCAAAUGUUUGCUAUAGAAGGAUUUGAUGCAGAUCUGGUUUGUGUUCAACUCUAAUUCAUGUCACAUCUUCCCAGUUGAUUGCAAGCAACAUCUUUCCUGUACCUGUGGUGAAGGAACUCCUCUUUCCUGGAGCCAUGGCAAACAACCUUGUCGAGAACAUGACUGUUCCAAUCUUGGACAACCUGUUAAACAUCUAUAACUUACUAGUAUAAAGGAAGCCUCUGCAGUACAUGAUCUCCUGCACUUAGAGGUUCUAGCAGGAAGCUACUCCUGUGUCGCAGGAGCGCUUGCAGGCCUUCUAAGAGAUGAGUGUGUUUGGGACACUACUGGUAAUCUGGGGUGUUGUCAAGGAGGGGAUUUGGGGAAAGACUGCAAAUUCUGAUCCUACAAAAGCUGUGUACGUGUAUCCAACAAUGUUGAUUGCACUAAUUUGUGCCUUGUCAUCUAUCAAGUAUGAUGCAAAGAAAGUUAUGAGAACUGCCCCUGCACGACCAAUUGCAAAGUCUCUUCCAAAUCUUAAGCUGAAAUAAUUUGAAAUUUUCAUUUCUGGAGUGAAAAGCUAUUUCUCAUUUUCUUUGACACUGAACUCUUAUAACCAAUCAGCUGAAGUGUCUAUUCCAUACAAGUAAUUCCCAAAACCUCAUUUGCUGCUUCAAAUGUUUUCUGGAGCUGCAUACCCGGUGUGGAACCUGAAUGGGUAGGAAUAAGAUCUUAAGUUGCAUCAAGAUUUUGUCAAGCUUUGCAGAUGCUGUGUGUCACGGACUAAGCUUUCUCUCAACAAGCACUAGCCCGUGUGGCACUUGAA